CCGGGCCCCUGGGCUUAAUAGCCUGGCCCCGCCCUUCGGGGGGCGGAGCCAGCUGUAGCCCCACCCCACCUCAGGUCUGUUAGCUGGCCCGUGGAGGUCGCGGUGCGGGGGUCAUUAUGGGCAGCAAGAUGGCGGCCGCUAGCCGGGUCGUCCAGGUGGUAAAGCCACAUACACCUUUAAUUAAGUUUCCAGACAGACAAAGUACCCCCAAACUUAAAAUCUUUAUUUCAGUACAGGAAACUCUCCAAGCAAGAGUGCCACCACUCCAUGGUUCAGCAGUACCACUGUCCAUAGGAAGCAAACAACCAGCUCUUGAAAAUAUUUCACCUAUUAGUAGAGUACAAAACAUGCCAGACACUUCAGAAUUAGUAAGAACAUUACCUCAGAAGUACAGGAGGAAAACAAUGUCAGACGAAGAGAUGGAAUUCAUCCAACGUGGAGGUCCAGAGUAAGCAUAGAAGAUAUGUCUCUUCACCUCCAUUGAAGAAUGAAUUAUAUUCACAGUAAAGGCUUUUCCUUUUGCAAUUUGUUAUAAACAGUUAUAUGUUAAUAGCUUUAAUAAAGACUCCUUAUGAGGGGUGACAAGAUUGAU